AUGGAUAUUCCAGCGGCAUGGCUGUCAAUCACUGGAGAGCCCCUUGAUCUGAAUACUCAGGAAUCUUUUCUAGCUUAUGGCGUCGUCACUCGCUCCCUCGAUACUCGUACCUCCGCCGUCGUCGCCAUAAAGCAACUACAUAUUUCCUCCUCCGAGCGCCACAAUGGCAUCCCUAUCACAACCCUCCGCGAGAUCUCAAUCCUCCGCUCCCUACGCCACCGGAACAUCGUCAAUGUGCUGGACGUAGCCGUAGGCGAAGACAAGCUGGAGGAUGUGUUCAUGGUUAUGGAGUACUGCGAGCAGGUUGGAACUCUGGUAUAUUCUCGCUGGCUUAUGCUUGCCUCUGCCCUCGAGGUGGAGGUGGUUAGGGCCGGCGUUAUGCAGGACAUGGCCAGUUUGAUGGAUGAGCUGAAAGUCAAGUUCACGUUGAGCCAAGUCAAAUGCCUUGCCCGCCAAUUACUCGAAGGCUUGGAGUACAUCCACCGCAACGACAUCAUACACCGGGACGUCAAACUCCAAAACCUCCUCCUGACCGCAAAAGGCGUCCUCAAACUCGCGGACUUCGGCCUAUCCCGCCGCUACUCUGCCCGUCCCCUCACCCCCGGCGUCGUCACCAUCUGGUACCGCGCUCCCGAAAUCCUACUCGGCACAGCCCACUACACCCCCUCCAUUGACCUCUGGUCCGCUGGCCUCAUAAUCAGCGAGUUACUCCUCAAUGAGCCUGUCCUCCCUGCCGAAACGCCAAUCGCGCAACUAGCGGCCAUCGUGAAGCUCCUCGGCACACCCACCAAAGAAGACGUCGAGGCACUGCGGGAACUAGGCUGUCCAGGCCUGGUUCGGUGGCAGAGGGAUGGCAUGCCCAGCGGACGGGCGGAUAACCUCGCACGCCGCUUCGAAGGCGUAGCUACUGAAGGGACGUUGAAAUUCCUAAAGGGGUUGCUAAGGUGGGAUAUGCGAGAAAGAUGGACGGCGACGGAGGCAUUGGGAAGGAGUAGACGACCGCCCAGGAAUGCGGAGCACUGGUGGACGGAGAGUCCGAGGGCGGUGGAGAAGGAGAUGCUGCCGACAUUUCUGGAGGUGCGGAAUGCGGCCGGUGGAAGUAGUGGGAAGAGAAAGUUGGAGGUGCCGGAGAGGGUGAAGGAGGGAAAGAAGCAUGGGGUUGAUGAGGGGGCUGGGAAAGAGUUUGGCGGGUAUGCUUUUGAUUUUGGGGGCGGGGAUGGGGAUGGGGAUGGCGCAGGGGUAGUAAAGGGGGUGAAGAGGGUGAUGCGAUGA